AUGGUUAAAGGUUACCUGUCUCACCACAGGAGUGAGUUCUUCCUGGAGCUCCUCGACAACAGUGAGAAAUCCCUGAAUAACAUGUUCACGCGGACCUACGGGAAGCUGUACAUGCAGAACAGUGAGCUGUUCCAGGACCUGUUCACGGAGCUGAAGCGUUACUACACUGGGGGGAACGUCAACCUGGAGGAGAUGCUGAAUGACUUCUGGUCCCGUCUGCUAGAGAGGAUGUUUCAGCUGCUGAACUCUCAGUACCACUUCACCGACGACUACUUGGAGUGCGUCAGUAAAUACACUGACCAGCUGAAGCCUUUCGGUGACGUGCCCAGGAAACUAAAGGCCCAGGUCACGAGGGCCUUCAUCGCUGCAAGGACCUUCGUCCAGGGCCUCAUGGUGGGCAGGGAGGUGGCUAACAGGGUGGCUAAGGUGAAUGUGGCCCCCGCCUGCAUCAGGGCCCUGACUAAGAUGCUGUACUGUCCGUACUGCAGGGGCCUGCCUGGGCUGAAGCCCUGUCAUAACUACUGCCAUAAUGUGAUGAGAGGCUGUCUGGCUAACCAGGCUGACCUAGAUCCUGAGUGGAACCUGUUCAUAGGUGAGAAAACACAUGACAUGUCCUCUCUCUCUCUGUGUGUGUGUGUGUGUGUGUGUGUGUGUGUGUGUGUGUGUGUGUGUGUGUGUGUGUGUGUGUGUGUGUGUGUGUGUGUGUGUGUGUGUGAUCGUUCUAUGAUUUACUAUGUUCUGUUUGUUGUGCCUGGGACAGUGGUGUCUUUCAAACUAAACCCUGGUCCCUGCUGUUAGAGCCUGAUAACUAAACCCUGGUCCCUGCUGUUAGAGCCUGAUAACUAAACCCUACUCCCUGCUGUUAGUUCCUGAUAACUAAACCCUGGUCCCUGCUUUUAGAGCCUGAUAACUAAACCCUGCUGUUAUAGCCUGAUAACUAAACCCUGGUCCCUGCUGUUAGAGCCUGAUAACUAAACCCUGGUCCCUGCUGUUAGAGCCUGAUAACUAAACCCUGCUGUUAG